AUGGCACAGGCACUGCUGGUACCCCCAGGACCUGAAAGCUUCCGCCUUUUUACUAGAGAAUCUCUUGCUGCUAUCGAAAAACGUGCUGCAGAAGAGAAAGCCAAGAAGCCCAAAAAAGAACAAGACAAUGAUGAUGAGAACAAACCAAAGCCCAACAGUGACUUGGAAGCUGGAAAGAACCUUCCAUUUAUUUAUGGAGACAUUCCUCCAGAGAUGGUGUCGGAGCCCCUGGAAGACCUGGACCCCUACUAUAUCAACAAGAAAACUUUUAUAGUAUUGAAUAAAGGGAAGGCAAUUUUCCGAUUCAGUGCCACCUCUGCCUUGUAUAUUUUAACUCCACUAAACCCUGUUAGGAAAAUUGCUAUUAAGAUUUUAGUACACUCUUUAUUCAGCAUGCUUAUCAUGUGCACUAUAUUGACCAACUGUGUAUUUAUGACCUUGAGUAACCCUCCAGAUUGGACGAAGAAUGUCGAAUACACAUUUACUGGAAUUUAUACCUUUGAGUCACUGAUAAAAAUCUUGGCAAGAGGAUUUUGCUUAGAAGAUUUUACAUUCCUUCGGGAUCCAUGGAACUGGCUGGAUUUCAGUGUCAUUGUGAUGGCAUAUGUGACAGAGUUUGUGGACCUGGGCAAUGUCUCAGCGUUGAGAACAUUCAGAGUUCUCCGAGCACUGAAAACUAUUUCAGUCAUUCCAGGUUUAAAGACCAUCGUGGGGGCGCUGAUCCAGUCGGUGAAGAAGCUCUCUGAUGUCAUGAUCCUGACUGUGUUCUGUCUGAGCGUGUUUGCUUUAAUUGGGUUGCAGCUGUUCAUGGGCAACCUGCGGAAUAAAUGUUUGCAAUGGCCCCCUAGCAAUGCUGCUUUUGAAACCAACACCACUACCUAUUUUAAUGGCACAAUGGAUUCGAAUGGGACAUUUAUUAAUGUAACAAUGAGCACAUUUAAUUGGAAGGAUUACAUUGGAGAUGACAGUCACUUCUAUGUUUUGGAUGGACAAAAAGAUCCUUUACUGUGUGGAAAUGGCUCAGAUGCAGGCCAGUGUCCAGAAGGGUACAUCUGUGUGAAGGCUGGUCGAAAUCCCAACUAUGGCUACACAAGCUUUGAUACUUUCAGCUGGGCUUUCUUAUCUCUAUUUCGACUCAUGACUCAGGACUUCUGGGAGAAUCUUUACCAGUUGACGUUACGCGCUGCUGGGAAAACCUACAUGAUAUUCUUUGUCCUCGUCAUUUUCUUGGGAUCCUUUUACCUGGUGAAUUUGAUCCUGGCUGUGGUGGCCAUGGCCUACGAGGAACAGAAUCAGGCCACGCUGGAAGAGGCUGAGCAGAAAGAGGCCGAAUUCCAACAGAUGCUCGAACAGUUGAAAAAGCAGCAGGAAGAAGCCCAGGUACAAGCAGUUGCGGCCGCAUCUGCCGCUUCAAGAGAUUUCAGUGGGAUCGGCGGGUUAGGAGAGCUCUUGGAAAGUUCUUCCGAAGCCUCCAAGUUAAGCUCCAAAAGCGCCAAGGAGUGGAGGAACCGGAGGAAGAAAAGAAGGCAGAGGGACCACGCCGAAGGGAGCAACAGAGGAGAGAGAGACAGGGUCCCCAAGUCGGAGUCAGAAGACAGCGUCAAAAGGAGAAGCUUCCUUUUCUCCAUGGAUGGAAACCGACUGAGCAGCGACAAGAAGUUCUGCUCGCCUCAUCAGUCUCUGCUAAGCAUCCGCGGCUCCCUGUUUUCCCCAAGACGCAAUAGCAAGACAAGCAUUUUCAGCUUCCGAGGACGCGCCAAGGAUGUGGGGUCUGAGAAUGAUUUUGCUGAUGAUGAGCACAGCACCUUCGAGGACAGCGAGAGCAGGAGAGACUCACUGUUUGUGCCGCCCAGACACGGAGAGCGACGCAACAGUAACGUUAGUCAGGCCAGUAUGUCAUCCAGGAUGGUGCCAGGGCUUCCAGCCAAUGGGAAGAUGCACAGCACUGUGGAUUGCAAUGGUGUGGUUUCCUUGGGCACCACCACUGAAACAGAAGUCAGAAAGAGAAGGCUAAGCUCUUACCAGAUUUCAAUGGAAAUGCUGGAAGAUUCCUCGGGCAGGCAAAGAGCCAUGAGCAUAGCCAGCAUCCUGACCAACACGAUGGAGGAACUUGAAGAAUCUAGACAGAAAUGUCCCCCAUGCUGGUAUAGAUUUGCCAAUGUGUUUUUAAUCUGGGAUUGCUGUGAUGCAUGGUUGAAAGUAAAGCACCUUGUGAAUCUAAUCGUGAUGGACCCAUUUGUUGACCUGGCCAUCACUAUUUGCAUCGUCUUAAAUACCCUCUUCAUGGCUAUGGAGCACUACCCCAUGACCGAGCAGUUCAGUAGUGUAUUGACUGUAGGGAACCUGGUCUUCACUGGGAUUUUUACAGCAGAAAUGGUUCUCAAGAUUAUUGCUAUGGACCCCUAUUACUAUUUCCAAGAGGGCUGGAAUAUCUUUGAUGGAAUUAUUGUCAGCCUGAGCUUAAUGGAACUUGGCCUGGCAAAUGUGGAGGGAUUGUCUGUACUCCGAUCCUUCAGAUUGCUCCGAGUCUUCAAGUUGGCAAAAUCCUGGCCCACGCUGAACAUGCUGAUAAAGAUCAUUGGCAACUCCGUGGGGGCUCUGGGUAACCUCACCCUGGUGCUGGCCAUCAUCGUGUUCAUCUUUGCUGUGGUCGGCAUGCAGCUCUUUGGGAAGAGCUACAAGGAAUGUGUCUGCAAGAUUUCCAACGACUGUGAGCUCCCGCGCUGGCACAUGCACGACUUCUUCCACUCCUUCCUGAUCGUGUUCCGCGUGCUGUGUGGGGAGUGGAUAGAGACCAUGUGGGACUGCAUGGAGGUCGCUGGCCAAGCCAUGUGCCUUAUCGUUUUCAUGUUGGUCAUGGUGAUUGGAAACCUAGUGGUUCUGAACCUCUUUCUGGCCUUAUUGUUGAGCUCAUUUAGCUCAGACAACCUCGCUGCUACUGAUGAUGAUAAUGAAAUGAACAAUCUCCAGAUUGCUAUAGGAAGGAUGCAAAAGGGAAUCGAUUUUGUAAAGAGUAAGAUACGGGAGUGUUUUCGAAAAGCCUUUUUCAGAAAGCCAAAAGUUAUAGAAAUCCACGAAGGCAACAAAAUAGACAGCUGCAUGUCCAAUAACACUGCAAUUGAAAUAAGCAAAGAGCUUAAUUACCUGAAAGAUGGGAAUGGAACCACCAGUGGUGUGGGCACUGGAAGCAGUGUUGAAAAAUACGUCAUCGAUGAAAAUGACUAUAUGUCGUUCAUCAACAACCCCAGUCUAACUGUAACAGUGCCAAUUGCCGUUGGAGAGUCUGACUUUGAAAACUUAAACACAGAAGAGUUCAGCAGUGAGUCAGAAUUAGAAGAAAGCAAAGAGAAAUUAAAUGCAACUAGUUCAUCUGAAGGAAGCACAGUUGAUGUUGCUCCACCCCGGGAAGGAGAACAAGCUGAAACCGAACCCGAGGAAGACCUUAAGCCAGAAGCUUGUUUCACUGAAGGAUGUAUUAAAAAGUUCCCCUUUUGUCAAGUAAGUACAGAAGAAGGCAAAGGUAAAAUCUGGUGGAAUCUUCGGAAAACCUGCUACAGCAUUGUUGAGCACAACUGGUUUGAGACUUUCAUUGUUUUCAUGAUACUUCUCAGUAGCGGGGCUUUGGCUUUUGAAGACAUAUACAUUGAACAGAGAAAGACGAUUAAAACGAUGUUAGAAUAUGCUGACAAGGUCUUCACUUACAUCUUCAUUCUGGAAAUGCUUCUCAAGUGGGUGGCUUAUGGAUUCCAAACAUAUUUCACUAAUGCCUGGUGCUGGCUAGAUUUCUUGAUUGUUGAUGUGUCUUUGGUUAGCUUGGUGGCCAAUGCUCUUGGCUACUCAGAACUUGGUGCCAUCAAAUCCCUACGGACACUACGCGCUUUAAGACCCUUAAGAGCCUUGUCCCGGUUUGAAGGCAUGAGGGUGGUUGUGAAUGCCCUCGUCGGAGCGAUCCCCUCUAUCAUGAACGUGCUUCUGGUCUGUCUCAUCUUCUGGCUGAUCUUUAGCAUCAUGGGCGUGAAUCUGUUCGCCGGCAAGUUCUACCACUGUGUUAACAUGACGACUGGUAACAUGUUUGAAGUUAGUGAAGUCAACAAUCUGAGCGACUGUCAGGCCCUUGGCAAGCAAGCUCGCUGGAAAAACGUGAAAGUGAACUUCGAUAAUGUUGGUGCUGGAUAUCUUGCGUUGCUCCAAGUGGCCACAUUUAAAGGCUGGAUGGAUAUUAUGUAUGCAGCUGUUGAUUCACGAGAUGUUAAACUUCAGCCUGUAUAUGAAGAAAAUCUAUAUAUGUACUUAUACUUUGUCAUCUUUAUCAUCUUUGGAUCAUUCUUCACUCUAAAUCUAUUCAUUGGUGUCAUCAUAGACAACUUCAACCAGCAGAAAAAAAAGUUUGGAGGUCAAGAUAUUUUUAUGACAGAAGAACAGAAGAAGUACUACAAUGCAAUGAAGAAACUUGGAUCCAAGAAACCUCAGAAACCAAUACCUCGGCCUUCAAACAAAUUCCAAGGAAUGGUCUUUGAUUUCGUAACCAGACAAGUCUUUGACAUCAGCAUUAUGAUCCUUAUCUGCCUCAAUAUGGUCACCAUGAUGGUAGAAACAGACGACCAGAGCAAAUACAUGACCCUAGUCUUGUCCCGGAUCAACCUUGUGUUCAUUGUCCUGUUCACUGGCGAGUUUGUGCUGAAGCUCAUCUCGCUCCGAUACUACUACUUCACAAUAGGCUGGAACAUCUUUGACUUCGUGGUGGUGAUUCUCUCCAUAGUGGGGAUGUUUCUUGCCGAGAUGAUAGAGAAGUAUUUCGUGUCCCCUACCCUGUUCCGAGUUAUCCGCCUGGCCAGGAUUGGCCGAAUCCUCCGUCUGAUCAAAGGAGCGAAGGGGAUCCGCACACUGCUCUUUGCUUUGAUGAUGUCCCUUCCUGCUUUGUUUAACAUUGGCCUGCUGCUCUUCCUGGUCAUGUUCAUCUACGCCAUCUUUGGAAUGUCCAACUUUGCCUAUGUUAAAAAGGAAGCCGGAAUUGAUGACAUGUUCAACUUUGAGACCUUUGGCAACAGCAUGAUCUGCCUGUUCCAAAUCACCACCUCUGCCGGAUGGGAUGGAUUACUGGCACCUAUCCUCAACAGUGCACCUCCAGACUGUGACCCUGACACAAUCCACCCUGGAAGCUCAGUGAAGGGUGACUGUGGGAAUCCAUCUGUUGGGAUUUUCUUUUUUGUCAGUUACAUCAUCAUUUCCUUUCUGGUCGUGGUGAACAUGUACAUCGCUGUCAUCCUUGAGAACUUCAGUGUUGCCACUGAAGAAAGUGCAGAGCCCCUGAGUGAGGAUGACUUUGAGAUGUUCUAUGAGGUUUGGGAGAAGUUUGACCCUGAUGCAACCCAGUUCAUAGAGUUCUCCAAGCUCUCCGAUUUUGCAGCUGCCUUGGAUCCUCCUCUUCUCAUAGCAAAACCAAACAAAGUCCAGCUCAUUGCCAUGGACCUGCCCAUGGUCAGCGGAGACCGGAUCCACUGCCUGGACAUCUUAUUUGCCUUUACAAAGAGGGUUCUGGGUGAGAGUGGAGAGAUGGAUGCCCUGCGGAUACAGAUGGAAGACCGAUUCAUGGCAUCAAACCCAUCCAAAGUCUCCUAUGAGCCCAUUACAACUACUUUGAAACGCAAACAGGAGGAAGUGUCUGCUGCUAUCAUUCAGCGUAAUUUCAGAUGUUAUCUUUUAAAGCAAAGGUUAAAAAACAUAUCAAGUAAAUAUAACAAAGAGACAAUCAAAGGAAGGAUUGACUUAUCUAUAAAAGACGACAUGGUUAUUGACAAACUAAAUGGGAAUUCUACCCCAGAAAAAACAGAUGGAAGUUCCUCCACCACCUCCCCCCCUUCUUACGAUAGUGUAACAAAACCAGACAAGGAAAGGUUUGAAAAAGAAAAAGAAAGCAAAGGGAGAGAGGUCAAAGAAAAUCAAAAGUAAAAAGAAACAAAGAGAGAUCUUUGUAAUCAAUUGUUUACAGCCUAUGAAGGUACAUGUGUCACCUGGACUCCCAGAGGGCGUCCCUGCCAAACUGACUGUUUCAACAAAUACUCAUGGUCAGUGCCUAUACAAGACAGUGACCUCUCUGUCACUGAAACUCUGUGAAACA